AUGAAAGCAGUAACAACAGUUUCCUACAAGUUCAGUAGUAAUGGGAGGUAUACAGGGAUCAUGGAAGCUCAGAUAGGUCUUAGGCAAGGGGACCCCAUGUACCCUUACUUGUUCGUAAUUAUCAUUGAAUAUUUGCAUAGGAUUAUGGCUAAGAUGCAGGAAAAUAUGGACUUUAACCACCAUGCAAAGUGUGAGAAGUUAAAGGUUACUCAUCUUGCCUUUGCGGAUGAUUUGCUUAUGUUCUCGAGGGGGGGACUACAAAUCUGUUCAGAUUAUGAUGAAAGCUUUCAGCAACUUCAUGAAUUCUACAGGUUUGCAAAUUAA